AGCAAACCACAACCCGUACUUGGCCACCAGCCACCAAGCGAUCGUAAAUCAAAUCGUCCGAGCCAAUAUCUGCAGUCAUGUCUAGACCCUCAAAGAUGAGCGACGAUCGACCGGCGUGUCAGGAUGAAGCAUGCGCUAUCCAGACCUGCCUCUCCCGCACGUCCUACAAUGAACAGAAAUGUCAAUACGCCAUCGACGCCCUCUAUCGUUGUUGUGCAUCUUUUUACGAUAAAGCCAACGCUGGAAAAUACGAGAACCUCGGAGGAAUCCGUAGGGAAGGGGUCAAGAAGAGUACGGCUUGUCCGUUAGAAUCGGUCGUGAGAAGGACUCUUAAGCGGAGUGACAACGAGGCUGGGGAGAACAACGAGAUCAAGAAAGCUUAGGAGCGUUCGAGAUAGAUCGGAACCGGCAUGGUGGAAACCAGAUCCAGGUCGAUGGAUGAUAU